UGGUGCAGAACAGCAAAAAGAAAGCUUGUCCUGUUCGAAUAAAAAUUCGUCAUUUUGUGAAGUUUUCAAGCUAUUUGCUUUCAAGUAAAGAAAACACACCUUAUCAUCAAAGGAAACUGGUUAAGAAUCUUAAAGAAGACCUGAAAAAUUCACAAGUAGAGAAAAUUGAACAUCGUUUUUAUGUACAGUUUCCUGAUGUAAAAGAUCAUAGAAACCAUCUGAAAGGAGAGAAAUUGGUAGUUGAAAUGGUGGAAGAGCAACGAUCAUUGCAUAAAGGUGAAAGGUUCUACAUCAGAAUAAAAAAGGACCAGGAACCAGAUCAUGAUACUGAUGUUCCUGAUGAGAAUGUGUUUCUUGAUGAGGACUUCAUGAUAAGGAAUGAUCGACAAAACAUGGCUGUCCAUAAGUUUUUAUAUGUACAUCAAACUCCAUGGCAGAGACAGCUUUUAAAGAGGUACGGCAAUGAGAUUUGCCUACUGGAUGCUACCUAUCGUACCACCAAAUAUUCCCUGCCAUUGUACUUCCUCUGUGUUCCAACAAAUGUUAAUUACAUGACUGUUGCAACAUUUAUCCUGGAAACAGAGGACAGUUUUUCAAUCCAGGAAGCACUAUCUAUCAUCAAAGCCUGGAAUCCAGAUUGGGAGCCAGCAUAUUUCAUGUGCGAUUAUGCUGAAGAGGAAAUAAAUUCAAUUGAAUCUGUGUUUCCAGAAGCAUUCGUAUACUUGUGUGAUUUCCAUCGUGAGCAAGCAUGGGAACGUUGGCUGAAAGCUUUGCUGCGAUCCAUUGCAAAGUCAAAAACAAAUGAAGAAUUUGAAGUAGCAAAGUCCAAAUUACAGGAGAGUAAGUUUUGGGAGGACAACAUCAGACUCAGAAGAUGGUUUGAAGGCAGAUGGCUGAACAAACACAAGAGAUGGGUUCAAGCAUUUCGUCAGAAAAGGUUUUAUACAUCCGUAAAUACCAACAAUGGUGUAGAAAGACAGAAUAAGUCUUUAAAAUAUGAGUAUCUGGACACCAAAAAAGCAAAAUCCCUCUGCCACCUUCUUACUGUGCUGUGGAAUGAUUUUUUUCCUGAUACUUACCAAAGGUAUGUGAGACAAAAUUUGACAGCAGCAGAAGAGGCAAAGAUGUACAGUGCAAGUGUACCAGAUUUUUUGAGAAACAGGCCAAAAAAUGUGGUCAAACACUGUGUCAAAAGAUGGGAGGAAUCUGUCAAUAUACCAGCAGAUGAUAUUGAUCAGAUAGGAGAUGGCCAUUUUCUUGUUAAAAGUCAAACAGCUGGAAGUUCACAGGUUUAUAGCGUGAACUUCUUCUCAACAGAGUUCCCUGUACCAUCAUGUGACUGUGAAGACUGGGCAAGACAUCAUAUGGUAUGCAAGCAUCUCUGCACAAUAUUUAGACAUGUGAAUGGCUGGCAUUGGGAACAACUACCUGCAGAGUACAGGAACAAUCCCUUCCUUACUCUUGAUAAAGAUGUAGAAAUGCUGAAAAGAAAUUUGUCUCAGAAAACUGACUCAGCAGACUUUAUUUUGGAUAACACAGAGAAAAAGAUGACCCACAUUGCAACAAAGCCAUCAAACAUAAGGCGGUUGUCUCUGUCAAAGAAGAAGAAAAAAGGGGUUGGAAGACAUGGUAUCUCAGCUGAAAAAAUGAGGUAUCAUCAUUCUUCAAAGGGUGUAGAUGACCUCCUAACAGAAAGUAAUGCUGUGAAAGGAAUCUUGAAGAAAACAUUGAAUGAGUCUAACCAAAAAGAAAAAAAGAAUGUUCAAUUUCCUGGUUACAUGCAGGAAGAGAGCAAAAGGGGAAAGAUGUCUACAAUGGACAAGAAUCAAGCUUUGAAGGAGUUGAAGAAAGUUUGGAACGUGGAAAAUGGUAUCGGUUACAUCUUUGGAAAAGUGUCAAUUUUUUUUGUUACAGACCAUGAUUUAAGGUCUCUUCACGGCAUAAACUGGUUGACAGAUCAGGUUAUUGAUGCUUAUUUGUCUUUGAUUGUUCAAAAAGAAAUUGAGAAAGGAAACAAAAUUACCAUGUAUUCCUCACAGACGAUGACCCAAAUAAUGAGCGGAACCUUCUCAGUGAAAAAUUGCCGUAGGAAGUUGGAAAUCAAAGACUGGAUUGUACACACAGUGGAUCAUUCCAAACAGGAAGACAGCUACAACUGUGGAGUUUACUGCCUGAUGAUUGCAUGUGAAAAGUGUGCAAGAACAUUCCACAGGACUGACGCCUGCAUUGGAUAUGAGAAUAUGCCCAGAAAAUCUCUGAUUUGCAGGAUGUGCUUAAUUGAAAAUCCACAGCCAGAAAAGAAUUUGGAGAUUUCUGACGACAGUCUGAAAGCUGGAGAACAUAAAUGUGUGCAGAACUUUAAGAGUGAAAACGCAGUUGAAAGCUUGUGGACAAAAAAGGCAGUUGGACACCUGUGUAGUAAAAUAGGUCACUACAAACUGAGUGACAGAUCUUUUCAUUGUUUGAAAACAAUGCUUCCAGAUGAGGUCAUUGAUGCAUACAUGUAUCUGCUGUCUUCUUCUCAUGAGAAAAAGAGGGUAUAUCAUGUCAAAUGCACUAUAAUGACAGCAAUAUUUCAAGGGAAUGAAGAGUUGCACGACUAUCUUACAGAGGUGCCCAAGUUGGAUGAAUUUGAUAUUAUUUGUGGUGCACUCAAUGAAGGUUCCUGUCAUUGGACUCUCAUUUAUGUGGAACCCAAGAAUAAAUUGUUUUACAUCAACCCACUAGGAGAAUCAUACCACAGGCUUGGACGUAUUGAAGAGAAGUGGAAAGAAUUUUUAUUUGGAAGAGAAAAUUUGGGCAUAGAGGAAUCCACCACCGAGUGGUUUGUCCAUACUAAAAAACAUCCACGUCAGAGAGAUUCUACAUCCUGUGGAGUGAUAGUAUUGAAGGUAAUAGCUAUAAUACUUUAGUGUUUGCUUCAAGACGAGGAUUUGGAUAUUGAUAUCCAAAAGGGUGAAAUGAUGCGAGCGAGAAAAAACAUUGGGCAACUCCUAUUAAAAAACAGUGAUGAUUUGGAUUGCUACUGCAGGCAUUGUUUCACAAAAGCAUCAAUUACAAAGGGACCAUUGAUUCACUGUGAGCAAUGUAUUGAGCCAAAGUUUUUCCAUAGAACCUGUGUAUGUUACUUGCAUUCAACUAUAGACAGUGAUCAUAUCCAAGAGGCCAAGGAGGUAAAAGAAAAACGUUUUUACUUUAUUAUUUCAUAUUGUAAGUUACUUGGAAAUGGAAAGACCCCAAAAAGAUAUAUGCCUUGUUCAAAGGUGAGGCAUUUGGGAGAGAGUUCUACAGUUCUUACAAAGGCUUCAGAACAGAUAUCAGAAUGCAAUGCCUGGUUGCACAAGAGUGUAAAAGCUGAAACUGAACAGUCCAUGAAACUGGUUAACAUUUUGUGCGAAUGGCCAAGGAUGGAUCUUCCCAUAAACAAGGGAACAGGAAACAUACAAGGCUACAAUAUAGCAACUCUGUUUGCAAAAGACAUCAAAACAAAGCUGAAAGAAAUAUUGGAAUUAGAAGAGGGUGAUAAGAGGUGUUAUGAACCACACUGGAGACAUCUGCGAUGGAUUGACAGGAAUGACUUGACCGACCAUAGUGUGAUGAAUAACUCUGUGAAAGGAAUGGAAGAAAGAAAUAAACUUUUUCAUAAAGAGAGAUGGGCUGAAAUGAGUGCUCUUGUUUUAGAAGAAUUUGGCUUGUUUAAACCAAAAACAAUCAUUGGUCUCUUCAGUCCUCCAGGAUAUUACCUUAGUUUGAAAAACUGCAAUAAUGGAAAGCUUAUGGCAACACUGGAAGAUGAGACAGGACAGAGAUUGAAUGAAGGAGUUAGAUACUUUAAGGAUGUAUUGCUUGUAGAAGCAAGAAUCAUUAUCACUUCUGUUGUCAAGAACAUAACAUAUAGAGAAGCUGAAAAACUUUUCUAUCCAUUGAAAUAACAAAUUUAUGUUUCGAUUGAUUGAGUUUGCAAAUUUGUUAUAUUGGAA